GAUGUGAUGCUUGAAUGAAAUCGGUGCAAAGAUUGUUCUUCUGUUCUGGCUGCUUUCACCAUAGUACCGGUACAUCUUAUACGGUCUGUCUUAUUUUUCGAUAAAAUAAUGUUUGUCUGGAGGAUAUUCAGGAAGAAGAAAUUAAUCAAAGUUGAAUGCUGGUUCUGCCAAGCAUCAACAACAGUUCCAGUUGGCAAUGUGAAUUGCUUUGACUGCCCGGAAUGUGACCAGUAUAAUGGUUUUUCCAAGGAUGGAGGCUAUAAUAAAGCCAUCCCUGCCCAAUACAGUGAAGAACUGAACCAGACCUACUCCAGUCCUGUUCCUCCUCGGGAUGAUUCAGAAUCAAGACCAAGUCCUUUGUGCGAUGUUUGCCAGACCAACCAAGAACUCAAAGUCCAGCAGCUGGCUGCGUUUGUUCCAUCACAUGAGAAAAACUUUGAUGUGGAUGUAAAGGAGUAUUCUGAUUAUUUAGAAGAGGCAUAUAGACUCUGCCCAGCCUGUAAUGACAACAUCUGCAGCGAGGUGUACAGACAAGAUGCAGACAUCCGCUCAAAACUGCUGGGCCAGAGACUACAUCAGUCAGUCUUGCCAGAUACAAAGGUUGUGAUGCCAGCUCAAAGCAGUAAAAAGUGUGUGUUUCUCUGCAGAGCAGUAGCCAUUGUUGCAGCUGUUCUGGUGUUUAUUUGCCAGCUGAGUUUGCAUGUGAACUUCUCUGGUCUAUCAAGAACAGAGAUUGCUUUAUUUGUGCAAAAGGCAUCUCAACACUUUGCUGCCCUGGAGAGCAGAAGAAUGACCUUAUCUUUAAUGGGAUUAGUAUGUGGAGUUCUUUCAUCAUUAAUAGCUGGAAAAUACAGGUUGAGACAUUUGGAUUGUGUAAGCCCGCUGGUCUGGAUGAUGUACAUGGGAAGCAUUACUGCACUACCAUCAUCCUCAUCAUUACUAGCCCUGUUUCCAUGGUUACCAUCAGACGCUAUUCCAAUGAUGUUGGCCACCUGCGUGCUGCUUUGCUGUUCAAAACAUGUCUUACAAUCGAGAGAGCGAAAAGUCAAGAAAGUUUUCACAAACAAAAGAUUGAGGAGUCAGCCCACCUCCCCUCUCCAGGAGGAAGAUUGUUUUGUUUUACCCCACCCUUCUGAUGCCUCAUCCUCUACUGCUCUAUCGUCACUGUCUCUCAGUCAAAGCCUGCAAUCAGAGAAUGGAGAGAUCAAGAGGAUACUCCUUGAUCAAGAUAUAAGUGGUCUAAGUCUCGGACCUCCUGCGCUAGCUAAGGCCAAAAACAAAGAUCUAUGGACCGCCCAUACCCCUCCCACCAGUAGACCUUCCACGCCCCUCUUGGAGGACCGGCCCUCGUCAAGGGAGUUCCGCCCUAUCAUAUCACCCGCGACCUUUAACCCCUCAGGGAUGAAGAGAUCAACCUCCCAGACAUCUUUUGUCUCGUCGUUCAAUGGUACCUUCGUAGAUUCUGGCCCAUUUCAAGAUCAGCGAGUCACUUCGUCUAGGGAGAACUUGGUAGAGAGAGGAAGAAGCCCUCCAUCGUUUGCUGAUGACAGCUCAGAUGGUUCGUUACCUCUUUGUAUGAGCGCUAAUGAGAGUCCAGAUGCACCUACUGUAGAACACAAAACAACCACACAAGCUUGGACAUCUUGCCUACUGCCUGGUAUACUAGGGUUUAGUUUGGGAAUUAACUGUGCUGCUGCCCUCUACUUCAUGUAUGGGAGAUGAUAUGAGCUGAUGCUGUCUUCAUACAGCUCCAUGAUUCUAUCUGGACAUUGACAGUGGUGCUGCCCUCUACUGUACGUAUGGGAGAUGAUAGAAGUUGAAGUUGUCUUCAUGUGUAAUUCUAUCUGGACGUUGACUGUGGUGCUGCCCUCUAUGGCAGAUAAUACUAGCUGUAGCUGUGUUGAUCUUCAUUAAUUCUUUUUGGACAUUAACUGUGGUGCUGCUCUCUACAAUAGUAGAUGAACCUAAAUACAAUGACUAACCACCGUCGGCAUGUUGUGCAAUUUCAUGCGAACAUCAAGUGUGGUGCUGCCCUCCUGUGUUAUGAACGGGAAAUUACCGAUAGCAUCAUUCAUCAUGUUUAAUUCCACCGAAACCAAAGAACAUUUGUCAUCAUUAGUUUACUCAAACCACGGCUCCUUUUGCAAAUAUUGCCUCUUUGUGCUUCAGGAUAUAUAAUGAGGUGCUAGGUACCUGAUGGAAUUGAAUUAGGUAUUUGUUUUGACUAGUACAAGAAGUAUCUACAUGUAAUAUGUUAAGGAAUUGUAAAAUUAAGUAGAAAAUAAUGCUGAAUAAGAUAAGGAACUGACAAUAAUGUGACAUGCUGCAAAAUCGGCACAGUUUAUGAAGUAAAGAGUUGUAGAUAUUUUGUGUAAACAUACAUUGCAUCUAAUGUUAAAUGAGGUCAAGAUACUUAUUUUAUAUGAACAAUUUAACUUGAAAUUGAAGCUGAAACUGAUGAUCUUUGCUGCAUUUCGCGCUCAAAUAAGUUAAAGAAAAAAUAUGAAUAGACAAAAAAAACAGAAGACAAAACCUAAAUAUGUAAGUUUUUCUAUGAAAUAAUUAUUUUCAUGUUCUUAAUCUUUCCAUGUUUUUUUUUUUUUUUAAUACCUUAAAUAGAUGUACAAUUCAAGCUUGCUUUCAGAGAUAAGAUUUGGAACAGAUCAAAACAAACUGAAUAGUGAAAAACAAAAGAUUAUGUUAUCUGAAGGAGAGGCAGAAUAGGAUAAAAAGGCAAUAUGAUAAAUAGGUAUUGAGAAUCGCUUUGCAUGUUACUAUUUGUAGAUUGAUGUAGACAUUCUAGAAAUGUCUAGAAGUAAAAAAAAAAUAUAUAUAUGUUAUGUGAUAUAAAA